UCUGAGGAAAGGUCAGGCUCCCCCGUGUCCAGCUGUGUGUCCUUGAAGAGUGACCAGUCCAUGAUGGAACCUUACACCUUCAAAGGAGGAUCAGGCCCUCAGGAAAGUGGAUCUGAGGAAAGGUCAGGCUCCCCCGUGUCCAGCUGUGUGUCCUUGAAGAGUGACCAGUCCAUGAUGGAACCUUACACCUUCAAAGGAGGAUCAGGCCCUCAGGAAAGUGAAAUCAAUGGAAGGUCAAACCCCCGUACACCCAGCUUUGUGUUCGUGAAGAGUGAACAGUCAACACCAAAACCUCCAAACUUACAAGAGGGAUCAUCCCUUCAGAAAAGGAUUAAAAAAACACCCCUGAAGAAGGAUCAGAAAAAUAAUUCUCCCCCGAAGCCAAGAAAUCAACUGGGGGCAGAGUCUACUGUGACAAGUGACAAGCUUCAGAAGAAAAUGACAUAUCUCUUCAACAUCUUUGAUGAGCUUGAGAAGAAAAUAAUUGCACUUGUAAAGCAUGAGCUGGAAAUGUAUAAGAAAAUUCUGAGAAAUGAAAACACACAAUAUUAUAGAAAAGCAAAGCAAAGCAAAUUGAAAAUGGAAAGCAUAUGGAAUUUGAGACAGGGCGUUCUUAAUAUGACACUUUCCUACCUGAAGAAGAUGGAACACGAAGAACUCGCUGAUGCUCUGCAAAAUGAGCUGAUUGGAAUUAUACAGCGUCCACUCAAAGAAGGAUUGAGGAAUAAGUGUCUUCAUGUAUAUGAAGGAAUUGCAAAGCAAGGAGAGUCCAGCAGUCUAAACACGAUCUACACAGAUCUGUACAUCACUGAAGGUGGAGCUGGAAAGGCCAAUAAAGCACAUGAAGCAAGACUCAUUGAAAAACAUCAAAUGCAGCAAGAGGUACAAAUCAUAUGCAAGGAUAUGUUUAAACCAUUAGCUGGACAAGACAAACCCAUCAGAACUGUUCUGACCCAGGGAGUUGCAGGCAUCGGAAAAUCAAUCUGUGUACAGAAGUUUAUUUUGGACUGGGCUGAAGGUAAAGAAUAUCAGGACAUCCAGUUCAUCUUUCCACUUCCCUUCCGAGAAUUGAACCUGAUGAAGAAAGAAAGUCAGAGUUUGAUGGACAUCAUCUAUUUUUUCUUCCCAGAGACACAAGGACUGAGAUUAUCAGAUAAGAAUAAAGUCCUGUUCGUCUUUGAUGGACUGGAUGAAUGUAAACUUCCUUUGAAAUUCCAAGAAAAUGAAAUCUUGAAUAAAGUCUCAAAAGCAGCCCCACUGGAUGCUGUGAUGACGAGCCUCAUCAAAGGAAAUCUGCUUCCCUCUGCUCUGAUCUGGAUGACCACUAGACCAGCAGCAGCCAGUAUGAUCCCUGCUGAGUGUAUUGAACGAGUGACAGAGGUGCGCGGCUUCAAUGAUGAGCAGAAAGAGGAAUAUUUCAGAAAGAGAAUCCGUGAUCAGAACCUGGCCAGCAAAAUAAUUGAUCACAUCAGAGAAUCAAGAAGCCUCCACAUCAUGUGCCACAUCCCUGUCUUCUGUUGGAUCUCAGCCAAUGUACUUCAGAGAAUUCUGGAAGAAACUGAGAGUGAAAAUACGCCAAAGACACUGACGGAAAUGUAUGCCUGCUUUCUGAUCUUUCAGACCGUACAAGGGAAUGCAAAGUACGUUGGAAAGAAUGCCUUGGACAUACCAUGGGAUAGAGACAGCAUUCACUCACUGGGAAAGUUGGCUUUUCAGCACUUGGAAGAAAACAGCCUGAUAUUCCACACAGAACAUCUAGAAGCCUGUGGAAUUGACCCCAGUAAGAUAUCAGUGUACUCAGGACUGUGCACUCAGGAGACAGGCAGAUUUCAUGACACAAUUUACAGCUUUGUACAUCUCAGCAUUCAAGAGUUCCUUGCUGCUUUAUUUGCAUUCAUUUGUUUCAAAAAUGACACCAAGAAUGUUUUAGACCAUCAGUCUGAAUCACAGGAGAGCAGAAAAACAGAAGUCAUUGAUUUGUUCAAGACUGCAGUAGACAAGGCUUUGAAGAGUGACCAUGGACACCUGGACCUUUUCCUUCGCUUCCUUCUGGGUCUCUCUCUGGAGUCUAAUGAGCAGCUCAUUCGAGGUCUGCUGACCCAGAAAGGAAGCAGUUCUGACUGCCAGAAGGACAUAGUUGAGUACAUCAAGUUAAAGUUUAAGGAAAAUCCAUCUCCAGAGAGAUCAAUCAAUCUCUUCUACUGUCUGAAUGAGUUAAAUGAUGAUUCUCUAGUGAAGGAGAUCCAGAGUUACAUGAGCUCAGGACGUCUCUCUGAAGCUGAACUCUCACCUGCACAGUGGUCAGCUCUGGUCUUUGUGCUGCUGACAUCAAAAGAGAAGCUGGAUAAGUUUGACUUAAAGAAGUUCAUCAGAUCAGAUGAGUGUCUUAUCAGACUGCAGUCAGUGCUCAAGGAAGCCAAAUCAGCUCUGCUGAGUGACUGUAACCUGACAGAGAGAAGCUGUUCAGUUCUGAUUAAAGUUCUUAGCUCAGAAUCCUCUAAGCUGACUUUGCUGGAUCUGAGCAGGAAUCCUAUACAGGACAGAGGAGUAGAGCUGCUCUCAGCUGGACUGGAGAGUGCAAACUGUAAACUGGAGGAACUGAGACUUUCAUUCUGCAGUAUAACAGAGGAAGGAUAUGCUGCUCUGGCUUCAGCUCUCAAAUCAAACUCCUUGUCACACCUGAUAGAGCUGGAUCUCAGAGGAAAUUAUCCUGGAGAUACUGGAGUGAGGAUACUUGAUGAUUUGAUAGAGGAUGAAAACUGCAAACUGAACAAAUUGAGGCUGAAUAAGAGCAGUAUUACAGAGGAAGGCUGUGCUGUUCUAUCAUCAGCUCUUUGUUCAAAUCCUUCACACCUGAUAGAGCUGGAUCUGAGUGAGAAUCCAGUAUUAAACGAUGGAGUGAUGAAGCUCUGUGAAAUGUUGAAGAAUCCUAAAUCUGUGCUAGAGAAGCUACAUCUUUCAUUCUGCAGUAUAACAGAGAAAGGAUAUGCUGCUCUGGCAUCAGCUUUGAAAUCAAACCCCUCAUCACACCUGAUAGAGCUGGACCUCAGUGGGAAUGAUCCUGGAGAUACAGGAGUAAAGAAGCUCAUUGAUCUACUAGAUGAUCCAAACAGUAACCUGAAGAAACUGAGGCUGUUAAAAAAUUCCAUUGCAGAGGAAGCCUGUCAUUUUCUGACUAAAGUUCUAGGAAUAAACCCCUUACUGCUGAGAGAGCUGGAUCUGAGUGGGAAAAUACAAGGAGAUGCAGAAAUGAAGAAGAUUUCUGAUCUACUGGAGGAUUCACACUGCAGACCUAUCAAACUUCUGCUGAAUAAGAGCAGUAUUACAGAGGAAGGCUGUGCUGCUCUAUCAUCAGCUCUUUGUUCAAAUCCUUCACACCUGAUAGAGCUGGAUCUGCGUGAGAAUAAACUAGGAAACUCUGGAGUGAUGAAGAUCUGUGAAAUGUUGAAGAAUCCUAAAUUUGUGCUACAGAAGCUACAACUUUCAUUCUGCAGUAUAACAGAGGAAGGAUAUGCUGCUCUGGCAUCAGCUUUGAAGUCAAACCCCUCAUCACACCUGAUAGAGCUGGAUCUCAUUGGGAACAAUCCUGGAGAUACAGGAGUGAAGAAGCUCAUUGAUCUACUUGAUGAUACAAACAGUAACCUGAAGAAACUGAGGCUAUUGAAGAGUUCUACUGCAGAGCAAGCCUGUGAUUCUCUGACUAAAGCUCUAGGAAUAAACCCCUUAUUGCUUAAAAAGCUGGAUCUGAGUGGGAAAAUACAAGGAGAUGCAGAAAUGAAGAAGAUCUCUGAUCUACUGGAGGAUUCACACUUCAGACCUAACAGACUUAUGAUGAAUAAGUGCAGUAUUACAGAGGAAGGCUGUGCUGCUCUAUUUUCAGCUCUUUGUUCAAAUCCUUCACACCUGUUAGAGCUUGAUCUGAGUGAGAAUAAACUAGGAAACUCUGGAGUGAAUCAGAUCUGUACUCUACUGAACAAUCAUCGCUGUAAACUGCUGAGACUGGGUCUUUCAUGGUGCAGUAUAACAGAGGAAGGAUAUGGUAUCCUAGCAUCAGCUCUGAAAUCAAACCCCUCAUCACACCUGAUAGAGCUGGAUCUGAGAGGGAACGAUCCUGGAGAAACAGGAGUGAAGAAUCUCACUGAUUUACUAGAGGAUGGAAACUGUGAACUAAAGACAAUUAAGCUGCUAAACAGUUCUACUGCAGAGGAAGCCUGUGUUUCUCUGACUAAAGUUCUAGGAAUAAACCCCUUACUGCUGAGAGAGCUGGAUCUGAGUGGGAAAAUACAAGGAGAUUCAGAAAUGAAGAAGAUCUCUGAUCUACUAGAGGAUUCACACUGCAGAACUCAGAGACUGAAGCUGAAUAGGAGCAGUAUUACAGAGGAAGGCUGUGCUGUUCUAUCAUCAGCUCUUUGUUCAAAUCCUUCACACCUGAUAGAGCUGGAUCUGAGUGAGAAUCCAGUAUUAUAUGAUGGAGUGAUGAAGAUCUGUGAAAUGUUGAAGAAUCCUAAAUCUCUGCUAGAGAAGCUACAUCUUUCAUUCUGCAGUAUAACAGAGGAAGGAUAUGCUGCUCUGGCAUCAGCUUUGAAAUCAAACCCAUCAUCACACCUGAUAGAGCUGGACCUCAGUGGGAAUGAUCCUGGAGAUACAGGAGUGAAGAAGCUCAUUGAUCUACUAGAUGAUCCAAACAGUAACCUGAAGAAAUUGAGGUUGUUAAAAAAUUCCAUUGCAGAGGAAGCCUGUGGUUGUCUGACUAAAGUUCUAGGAAUAAACCCCUUACUGCUGAGAGAGCUGGAUCUGAGUGGGAAAAUACAAGGAGAUGCAGAAAUGAAGAAGAUUUCUGAUCUACUGGAGGAUUCACACUGCAGACCUAUCAAACUUUUGCUGAAUAAGAGCAGUAUUACAGAGGAAGGCUGUGCUGUUCUAUCAUCAGCUCUUUGUUCAAAUCCUUCACACCUGAUAGAGCUGGAUCUGAGUGAGAAUCCAGUAUUAUAUGAUGGAGUGAUGAAGAUCUGUGAAAUGUUGAAGAAUCCUAAAUCUCUGCUAGAGAAGCUACAUCUUUCAUUCUGCAGUAUAACAGAGGAAGGAUAUGCUGCUUUGGCAGUAGCUUUGAAAUCAAACUCCUCAUCACACCUGAUAGAGCUGGAUCUCAGUGGGAACGAUCCUGGAGAUACUGGAGUGAAGAUGCUCAUUGAUCUAUUUGAUGAUCCAAACAGUAACCUGAAGAAACUGAGGUUGUUAAAGAGUUCAACUGCAGAGGAAGCCUGUGAUUCUCUGACUAAAGUUCUAGGAAUAAACCCCUUACUGCUGAGACAGCUGGAUCUGAGUGGGAAAAUACAAGGAGAUUCAGAAAUGAAGAAGAUCUCUGAUCUACUGGAGGAUUCACACUGCAGACCUAACAAACUUCGGCUGAAUAAGUGCAGUAUUACAAAGGAAGGCUGUGCUGCUCUAUCAUCAGCUCUUUGUUCAAAUCCUUCACACCUGAGAGAGCUGGAUCUGAGCGAGAAUAAACUAGGAAACUCUGGAGUGAAGAAGAUCUGUGAAAUGUUGAAGAAUCCUAUAUCUGUUCUAAAGAAGCUAGAACUUUCAUCCUGCAGUAUAACAAAGAAAGGAUAUGCUGAUCUGGCAAUAGCUUUGAAAUCAAACCCCUCAUCACACCUGAUAGAGCUGGAUCUCAGUGGAAAUGAUCCUGGAGAUACAGGAGUGAAGAAGCUCACUGAUCUACUAGAUGAUCCAAACAGUAACCUGAAGGAACUGAGGCUAUUGAAGAAUUCUACUGCUGAGCAAGCCUGUGAUUCUCUGACUAAAGUUCUAGGAAUAAACCCCUUAUUGCUGAAAGAGCUGGAUCUGAGUGGGAAAAUACAAGGAGAUUCAGGAAUAAAGAAGAUCUCUUAUCUACUGAAGGAUUCACACUGCAGACCUAACAAACUUCUGAUGAAUAAGUGCAGUAUUACAGAGAAAGGCUGUGCUGCUCUAUCCUCAGCUCUUUGUUCAAAUCCUUCACACCUGUUAGAGCUGGAUCUGAGUGAGAAUAAACUAGGAAACUCUGGAGUGAAUCAGAUCUGUACUCUACUGAACAAUCAUCGCUGUAAACUGCUGAGACUGGGUCUUUCAUGGUGCAGUAUAACAGAGGAAGGAUAUGGUAUCCUAGCAUCAGCUCUGAAAUCAAACCCCUCAUCACACCUGAUAGAGCUGGAUCUGAGAGGGAACAAUCCUGGAGAAACAGGAGUGAAGAAUCUGACUGAUUUACUAGAGGAUGGAAACUGUGAAUUGAAGACAAUUAAGCUGCUAAACAGUUCUACUGCAGAGGAAGCCUGUAAAUCUCUGACUAAGGCUUUAGGCACAAACCCCUUACUGCUGAAAGAGCUGGAUCUGAGUGGGAAAAUACAAGGAGAUUUAGAAAUAAUGAAGAUCUCUGAUCUACUAGAGGAUUCACACUGCAGAACUCAGAUACUGAAGCUGAAUAAGAGCAGUAUUACAGAGGAAGGCUGUGCUGCUGUAUCAUCAGCUCUUUGUUCAAAUCCUUCACACCUGAUAGAGCUGGAUCUGAGUGAGAAUAAAAUAGGAAGCUCUGGAGUGAUGAAGCUCUGUGAAAUGUUGAAGAAUCCUAAAUCUGUGCUACGGAAGCUACAUCUUUCAUUCUGUAGUGUAAUAGAGGAUGGAUAUGCUGCUCUGGCAUCAGCUUUGAAGUCAAACCCCUCAUCACACCUGAUAGAGCUGGAUCUCAGUGGGAACGAUCCUGGAGAUACAGGAGUGAAGAAGCUCAUUGAUCUACUAGAUGAUCCAAACAGUAACCUGAAGAAACUGAGGUUGUUAAACAAUUCAAUUGCAGAGGAAGCCUGUGGUUGUCUGACUAAAGUUCUAGGAAUAAACCCCUUACUGCUGACAGAGCUGGAUCUGAGUGGAAAAAUGCAAGGAGAUUCAGAACUGAAGAAGAUUUCUGAUCUACUGGAGGAUUCACACUGCAGACCUAUCAAACUUCUGCUGAAUAAGAGCAGUAUUACAGAGGAAGGCUGUGCUGUUCUAUCAUCAGCACUUUGUUCAAAUCCUUCACACCUGAUAGAGCUGGAUCUGAGUGAGAAUAAACUAGGAAACUCUGGAGUGAAGAAGAUCUGUGAAAUGUUGAAGAAUCCUACAUUUGUGCUACAGAAGCUACAACUUUCAUUCUGCAGUAUAACAGAGGAAGGAUAUGCUGCUCUGGCAUCAGCUUUGAAGUCAAACCCCUCAUCACACCUGACAGAGCUGGAUCUCAGUGGGAACAAUCCUGGAGAUACAGGAGUGAAGAAGCUCAUUGAUCUACUAGAUGAUCCAAACAGUAACCUGAAGAAACUGAGGCUAUUGAAGAAUUCUACUGCUGAGGAAGCCUGUGAUUCUCUGACUAAAGUUCUAGGAAUAAACCCCUUAUUGCUGAAAGAGCUGGAUCUGAGUGGGAAAAUACAAGGAGAUUCAGGAAUAAAGAAGAUCUCUAAUCUACUGGAGGAUUCACACUGCAGACUUAACAAACUUCUCAUGAAUAAAUGCAGUAUUACAGAGGAAGGCUGUGCUGCUCUAUUUUCAGCUCUUUGUUCAAAUCCUUCACACCUGUUAGAGCUGGAUCUGAGUGAGAAUAAACUAGGAAACUCUGGAAUGAAUCAGAUCUGUACUCUACUGAACAAUCAUUGCUGUAAACUGCUGAGACUGGGUCUUUCAUGGUGCAGUAUAACAGAGGAAGGAUAUGGUAUCCUAGCAUCAGCUCUGAAAUCAAACCCCUCAUCACACCUGAUAGAGCUGGAUCUGAGAGGGAACGAUCCUGGAGAAACAGGAGUGAAGAAUCUGACUGAUUUACUAGAGGAUGGAAACUGUGAACUGAAGACAAUUAAGCUGUUAAACAGUUCUACUGCAGAGGAAGCCUGUAAAUCUCUGACUAAAGCUUUAGGCACAAACCCCUUACUGCUGAGAGAGCUGGAUCUGAGUGGGAAAAUACAAGGGGAUUUAGAAAUAAUGAAGAUCUCUGAUCUACUAGAGGAUUCACACUGCAGAACUCAGAUACUGAAGCUGAAUAAGAGCAGUAUUACAGAGGAAGGCUGUGCUGCUCUAUCAUCAGCUCUUUGUUCAAAUCCUUCACACCUGAUAGAGCUGGAUCUGAGUGAGAAUAAAAUAGGAAGCUCUGGAGUGAUGAAGCUCUGUGAAAUGUUGAAGAAUCCUAAAUCUGUGCUACAGAAGCUACAUCUUUCAUUCUGUAGUGUAAUAGAGGAUGGAUAUGCUGCUCUGGCAUCAGCUUUGAAGUCAAACCCCUCAUCACACCUGAUAGAGCUGGAUCUCAGUGGGAACGAUCCUGGAGAUACAGGAGUGAAGAAGCUCAUUGAUCUACUAGAUGAUCCAAACAGUAACCUGAAGAAACUGAGGUUGUUAAACAAUUCAAUUGCAGAGGAAGCCUGUGGUUGUCUGACUAAAGUUCUAGGAAUAAACCCCUUACUGCUGACAGAGCUGGAUCUGAGUGGGAAAAUGCAAGGAGAUUCAGAACUGAAGAAGAUUUCUGAUCUACUGGAGGAUUCACACUGCAGACCUAUCAAACUUCUGCUGAAUAAGAGCAGUAUUACAGAGGAAGGCUGUGCUGUUCUAUCAUCAGCACUUUGUUCAAAUCCUUCACACCUGAUAGAGUUGGGUCUGAGUGAGAAUAAACUAGGAAACUCUGGAGUGAUGAAGAUCUGUGAAAUGUUGAAGAAUCCUAAAUUUGUGCUACAGAAGCUACAACUUUCAUUCUGCAGUAUAACAGAGGAAGGAUAUGCUGCUCUGGCAUCAGCUUUGAAGUCAAACCCCUCAUCACACCUGAUAGAGCUGGAUCUCAGUGGGAACAAUCCUGGAGAUACAGGAGUGAAGAAGCUCAUUGAUCUACUAGAUGAUCCAAACAGUAACCUGAAGAAACUGAGGCUAUUGAAGAAUUCUACUGCUGAGGAAGCCUGUGAUUCUCUGACUAAAGUUCUAGGAAUAAACCCCUUAUUGCUGAAAGAGCUGGAUCUGAGUGGGAAAAUACAAGGAGAUUCAGGAAUAAAGAAGAUCUCUAAUCUACUGGAGGAUUCACACUGCAGACUUAACAAACUUCUCAUGAAUAAAUGCAGUAUUACAGAGGAAGGCUGUGCUGCUCUAUUUUCAGCUCUUUGUUCAAAUCCUUCACACCUGUUAGAGCUGGAUCUGAGUGAGAAUAAACUAGGAAACUCUGGAAUGAAUCAGAUCUGUACUCUACUGAACAAUCAUUGCUGUAAACUGCUGAGACUGGGUCUUUCAUGGUGCAGUAUAACAGAGGAAGGAUAUGGUAUCCUAGCAUCAGCUCUGAAAUCAAACCCCUCAUCACACCUGAUAGAGCUGGAUCUGAGAGGGAACGAUCCUGGAGAAACAGGAGUGAAGAAUCUGACUGAUUUACUAGAGGAUGGAAACUGUGAACUGAAGACAAUUAAGCUGUUAAACAGUUCUACUGCAGAGGAAGCCUGUAAAUCUCUGACUAAAGCUUUAGGCACAAACCCCUUACUGCUGAAAGAGCUGGAUCUGAGUGGGAAAAUACAAGGAGAUUUAGAAAUAAUGAAGAUCUCUGAUCUACUAGAGGAUUCACACUGCAGAACUCAGAUACUGAAGCUGAAUAAGAGCAGUAUUACAGAGGAAGGCUGUGCUGCUCUAUCAUCAGCUCUUUGUUCAAAUCCUUCACACCUGAUAGAGCUGGAUCUGAGUGAGAAUAAAAUAGGAAGCUCUGGAGUGAUGAAGCUCUGUGAAAUGUUGAAGAAUCCUAAAUCUGUGCUACAGAAGCUACAUCUUUCAUUCUGUAGUGUAAUAGAGGAUGGAUAUGCUGCUCUGGCAUCAGCUUUGAAGUCAAACCCCUCAUCACACCUGAUAGAGCUGGAUCUCAGUGGGAACGAUCCUGGAGAUACAGGAGUGAAGAAGCUCAUUGAUCUACUAGAUGAUCCAAACAGUAACCUGAAGAAACUGAGGUUGUUAAACAAUUCAAUUGCAGAGGAAGCCUGUGGUUGUCUGACUAAAGUUCUAGGAAUAAACCCCUUACUGCUGACAGAGCUGGAUCUGAGUGGGAAAAUGCAAGGAGAUUCAGAACUGAAGAAGAUUUCUGAUCUACUGGAGGAUUCACACUGCAGACCUAUCAAACUUCUGCUGAAUAAGAGCAGUAUUACAGAGGAAGGCUGUGCUGUUCUAUCAUCAGCACUUUGUUCAAAUCCUUCACACCUGAUAGAGUUGGGUCUGAGUGAGAAUAAACUAGGAAACUCUGGAGUGAUGAAGAUCUGUGAAAUGUUGAAGAAUCCUAAAUUUGUGCUACAGAAGCUACAACUUUCAUUCUGCAGUAUAACAGAGGAAGGAUAUGCUGCUCUGGCAUCAGCUUUGAAGUCAAACCCCUCAUCACACCUGAUAGAGCUGGAUCUCAGUGGGAACAAUCCUGGAGAUACAGGAGUGAAGAAGCUCAUUGAUCUACUAGAUGAUCCAAACAGUAACCUGAAGAAACUGAGGCUAUUGAAGAAUUCUACUGCUGAGGAAGCCUGUGAUUCUCUGACUAAAGUUCUAGGAAUAAACCCCUUAUUGCUGAAAGAGCUGGAUCUGAGUGGGAAAAUACAAGGAGAUUCAGGAAUAAAGAAGAUCUCUAAUCUACUGGAGGAUUCACACUGCAGACUUAACAAACUUCUCAUGAAUAAAUGCAGUAUUACAGAGGAAGGCUGUGCUGCUCUAUUUUCAGCUCUUUGUUCAAAUCCUUCACACCUGUUAGAGCUGGAUCUGAGUGAGAAUAAACUAGGAAACUCUGGAAUGAAUCAGAUCUGUACUCUACUGAACAAUCAUUGCUGUAAACUGCUGAGACUGGGUCUUUCAUGGUGCAGUAUAACAGAGGAAGGAUAUGGUAUCCUAGCAUCAGCUCUGAAAUCAAACCCCUCAUCACACCUGAUAGAGCUGGAUCUGAGAGGGAACGAUCCUGGAGAAACAGGAGUGAAGAAUCUGACUGAUUUACUAGAGGAUGGAAACUGUGAACUGAAGACAAUUAAGCUGUUAAACAGUUCUACUGCAGAGGAAGCCUGUAAAUCUCUGACUAAAGCUUUAGGCACAAACCCCUUACUGCUGAAAGAGCUGGAUCUGAGUGGGAAAAUACAAGGAGAUUUAGAAAUAAUGAAGAUCUCUGAUCUACUAGAGGAUUCACACUGCAGACCUCAGAUACUGAAGCUGAAUAAGAGCAGUAUUACAGAGGAAGGCUGUGCUGCUCUAUCAUCAGCUCUUUGUUCAAAUCCUUCACACCUAAUAGAGCUGGAUCUGAGUGAGAAUAAAAUAGGAAGCUCUGGAGUGAUGAAGCUCUGUGAAAUGUUGAAGAAUCCUAAAUCUGUGCUACAGAAGCUACAUCUUUCAUUCUGUAGUGUAAUAGAGGAUGGAUAUGCUGCUCUGGCAUCAGCUUUGAAAUCAAGCCCCUCAUCACACCUGAUAGAGCUGGAUCUCAGUGGGAACGAUCCUGGAGAUACAGGAGUGAAGAAGCUCAUUGAUCUACUAGAUGAUCCAGACAGUAACCUGAAGAAACUGAGGUUGUUAAACAAUUCAAUUGCAGAGGAAGCCUGUGGUUGUCUGACUAAAGUUCUAGGAAUAAACCCAUUACUGCUGAGAGAGCUGGAUCUGAGUGGGAAAAUACAAGGAGAUUCGGAACUGAAGAAGAUUUCUGAUCUACUGGAGGAUUCACACUGCAGGAUUCAGUUACUGAAGAUAAACAAGAGCAGUAUUACAGAGGAAGGCUGUGCUGCUCUCUUAUCAGCUCUUUGUUCAAAUCCUUCACACUUGAUAGAGCUGGAUCUGAGUGAGAAUAAACUAGGAAACUCUGGAGUGAAGCAAAUCUGUUCUCUACUGAACAAUCAGUGCUGUAAACUACAGAAACUUAGUCUUUCAUUUUGCCUUAUAUCAGAGGAAGGAUAUGCUGCUCUGGCUUCAGUUCUGAAAUCAAACCCCUCAUCACACCUGAUAGAGCUGGAUUUCAGAGGUAACGAUCCUGGAGAUACAGGAGUGAAGAAUCUCACUGAUCUACUUGAAGAUCUAAACUGUAAACUGAAAACAAUGAGGUUGUUGAGCAGUUCUGCUGCAGAGGAAAUCUGUGAUUCUCUGACUAAAGUUCUAGGAAUAAAACCCUUACUGCUGAGAGAGCUGGAUCUGAGUGGGAAAAUACAAGGAGAUUCAGAAUUGAAAAAGAUCUCUGAUCUACUGGAGGAUUCACACUGCAGAACUCAGAAAAUGAAGAUGAAUAAGUGCAGUAUUACAGAGGAAGGCUGUGCUGCUCUAUCAUCCGCUCUUUGUUCAAAUCCUUCACACCUGAUAGAGCUGGAUCUGAGUGAGAAUAAACUAGGAAACUCUGGAGUGAAGCAGAUCUGUUCUCUACUGAACAAUCAGGGCUGUAAACUGCAGAAACUGGGACUUUCAUUCUGCAGUAUAACAGAGGAAGGAUAUGCUGCUCUGGCUUCAUCUCUGAAAUCAAACCCCUCAUCACUCCUGAUAGAGCUGGAUCUCAGAGGGAAUGAUCCUGGAGAAACAGGAGUGAAGAUGCUCACUGAUCUACUAGAGGAUCCAAACUGUAAACUGAAGACAACAAGACUCUUGAACAGUUCUGCUGCAGAGGAAGCCUGUGAUUCUCUGACUAAAGUUCUAGGAAUAAACCCCUUACUGCUAAGAGAGCUGGAUCUGAGUGGGAAAAUAAAAGGAGAUUCAGACCUAAAGAAACUCUCUGACCUACUGGAAGAUUCACACUGCAGAACUCAGAAACUGAAGCUCAAUAAGAGCAGUAUUACAGAGGAAGGUUGUGCUGCUCUAUCAUCAGCUCUUUGUUCAAAUCCUUUACACUUGAUAGAGCUGGAUCUGAGUGAGAAUAAACUAGGAUGCUCUGGAGUGAAGAAGAUCUGUUCUCUACUGAACAAUCAGUGCUGUAAACUACAGAAACUAGGACUUUCAUUCUGCAGUAUAACAGAGGAAGGAUAUACUGAUCUGGCUUCAGCUCUAAAAUCAAAUCCCUCAUCUGACCUGAUAGAGCUGGAACUCAGAGGGAACAAUCCUGGAGAUACAGGAGUGAAGACGCUUUCUGAUGUACUAAAUGAUCAACAAUGUAAACUGAAAAAACUUACGCUUCUGAACACUCCUGAUGCAGAGGAAACCUGUGAUUCUCUGACUAAAGCUCUAGGAAUAAACCCCUUACUGCUGACAGAGCUGGAUCUGAGUGGGAAAAUACAAGGAGAUUCAAAACUACAGCAGCUGUGUGCUUUGCUGGAAGAUUCACACUGUAUAAUAAAGGAGCUUAGGCUCAGUAAGUGUAAUCUAACCCUGGAAAGCUGUGCAGCUCUAGCCAGCAUUCUCAAGUUGGACUCCUCCAGUGUGAGAAAGAUGGACCUCAGCAACAACAGUCUUCAGGAUUCAGGAAUGCAGCACCUCACUGGUGUACUAAGUAAUCCUAACUGUAAACUGGAGAUUAUGAUACUGAGUAACAGUAGUAUAAGAGAAGAAGGCUGUGGUGGUCUGGCCUCAGCACUGACAUCAAACCCAGAACACUUGAUGGAGCUGGAUCUGAGUGACAAUAAAAUAGGAAAUUCAGGAGUGAAGCAGCUCUCUGGUCUACUAAUGAACUCAACCUGCAUGCUACAAAAACUCAAUCUUUCAUUCUGCAGUGUAACAGAGGAAGGAUAUGCUGCUCUGACUUCAGCUCUAAAAUCAAACCCCUCAUCACACCUGAUAGAGCUGGAUCUCAGAGGGAAUGAUCCUGGAGAUACAGGAGUGAAGGAGCUCACUGAUCUACUAGAGGAUCCAAACUGUAAACUCAAGACACUGAGGUUGUUGAAAAGUUCUGCUGCAGAGGAAGUCUGUGAUUCUCUGACUAAAGCUCUAGGAAGAAACCCUUUACUGCUGAGAGAGCUGGAUCUGAGUGGGAAAAUACAAGGAGUUUCAGAAAUUAAGAUCUCAGACCUACUGAAGGAUUCACACUGCAGAAUUCAGAUACUGAAGCUGGAUAACUGCAGUAUUACAGAUGAAGGCUGUGCUGCUCUGGCUUCAGCUUUCAAAACAAAUCCAUCACAUCUGAGAGAGCUGGAUCUGAGAGGGAAUAAAGUAGGAAACUCUGGAGUGAAGCACCUCUCUGAAUUAUUAAAGCAUUCAAAGAGCACUCUGGAAAAACUACAUCUUUCAUUUAGCAGUGUAACAGAGGAAGGAUAUACUGCUCUGGCUUCAGCUCUCAAAUCAAAUGCCUCAUCACACCUGAUAGAGCUGGAUCUCAGAGGGAACAAUCCUGGAGCUACAGGAGUGAAGAAGCUCACUGAUCAAUUAGAAGAUCCAAACUGUAAACUCAAGACACUGAGACUGUUGAACAGUUCUACUGCUGAGGAAGCCUGUGAUUCUCUGACUAAAGUUCUAGGAAUAAACCCCUUAUUGCUGAGAGAGUUGGAUCUGAGUGGGAAAAUAAAAGGAGAUUCAGACCUAAAGAAACUCUCUGCUCUACUGGAGGAUUCACACUGCAGAACUCAAAAAAUAAAGCUGAAUAAGAGCAGUAUUACAGAGGAAGGCUGUGCUGCUCUAUCAUCAGCUCUUUGUUCAAAUCCUUCACACCUAAUAGAGCUGGAUCUUAAUCAGAAUCAACUAGGAACCUCCGGAGUGAAUAAAAUCUGUUCUCUAUUAAAGAAUUCAAACUGCAAACUUGAAAAACUAAAUCUUUCAUUCUGCAGUGUAACAGAGGAAGGAUAUGCUGCUCUGGCUUCAGCACUGAGAUCAAACUCCUCAUCACACCUGAUAGAGCUGGAUCUCAGAGGGAACGAUCCUGGAGAUACAGGAGUGAAAAACCUCACUGAUCUACUAGAUGAUGCAAACUGUAAACUGAAGACACUAAGGUUGUUGAACAGUUCUGCUGCAGAGGAAGUCUGUGUUUCUCUGACUAAAGUUCUAGGAAUAAACCCCUUACUGCUGACAGAGCUGGAUCUGAGUGGGAAAGUACAAGAAGAUUCAGAACUGAAGAAGAUCUCUGAUCUACUGGAGGAUUCACACUGCAGAGCUCAGAAACUGAAAAUAAAUAAGAGCAGCAUUACAGAGGAAGGCUGUGCUGCUCUGUCAUCAGCUCUUUGUUCAAAACCUUCACACCUGAUAGAGCUGGAUCUGAGUGACAAUAAACUAGGAAACUCUGGAGUGAAGCAGAUCUGUUCUCUGCUGAACAAUCAGUGCUGUAAACUGCAGAAACUGAAUCUUUCAUUCUGCAGCAUAACAGAGGAAGGGUAUGCUGCUCUGGCUUCAGUUCUGAAAUCAAACCUUUCAUCACACCUGAUAGAGUUGGAUCUCAGAGGGAAUGAUCCUGGAGAAACAGGAGUGAAGGCGCUCACAGACAUAUUUGUGGAUUUAAUGAAAACAGUGAGACUAUUGAAAAGAAGUGAUGCAGUGGAAGCCUAUAGAUUCCUUAAUGAGAUUCUGGGUAAAAACCCCUUAUUGCAGAGAGAGUUAGAUCUGAGCAAGACUGAACUAAAAGAAGUCAAAAUGCAGCAGCUGUGUGCUCUACUGGAGGAUCCACACUACAGACUGGAGAAACUUACGCUGAGUAACUGCAGUAUUACAGAUGAAGGCUGUGCUGCUCUGGCUUCAGCUUUCAGAACAAAUCCAUCACACCUGAGAGAGCUGGAACUGAGUGGGAAUAAAGUAGGAAACUCUGGAGUGAAACAGAUCUCUGAAUUAUUAAAGCAUUCACAGAGCAUUCUGGAAAAACUACAUCUUUCAUUCUGCAGUAUAACAGAGGAGGGAUAUGCUGAUCUGGCUUCUGCUCUGAAAUCAAACCCCUCAUCACACCUGAUAGAGCUGGAUCUCAGAGGGAACGAUCCUGGAGAUACAGGAGUGAAGAAGCUCAUUGGUUUACAAAAGCAUCCAAACUGUAACCUGAGAACAAUUAGGCUUUUCAACAGUUCUACUGCAAAGGACAUCUGUGAUUCUCUAACUAAAGCUCUAGGAAUAAACCCCUUACUGUCAGAAAAGCUGGAUCUGAGUGGAAAAAUACAAGGAGAUUCAGAACUGAAGAAGAUCUCUGACCUACUGGAGGAUUCACACUGCAGAACUCAGAAACUGAUGCUGAAUAAGAGCAGGAUUACAGAGGAAGGCUGUGCUGCUCUAUCUUCAGCUCUUUGUUCAAAUCCUUCACACCUGAUAGAGCUGGAUCUGAGUGAGAAUAAACUAGGAAACUCUGGAGUGAAGCAGAUUUGUUCUCUACUGAACAACCAGUGCUGUAAACUGCAGAAAUUGAAACUUUCAUUCUGCAGUAUAACAGAAGAAGGAUAUGCUGCUCUGGCUUCCGCUCUGAAAUCAAACCUCUCACCACAUCUGAUAGAGCUGGAUCUCAGAGGGAACGAUCCUGGAGAUACAGGAGUGGAGAAGCUCACCGAUCUACUGAAGGAUCCUGAGUGUAAACUGAAGACACUGAGGCUGUUGAACAGUUCUACUGCAGUGGAAAUCUGUGAUUCUCUGACUAAAGUUCUAGGAAUAAACCCCUUACUGCUGAGAGAGCUGGAUCUGAGUGGGAAAAUACAAGGAGAUUCAAAACUAAAGAAGAUCUCUGAUUUACUGAAGGAUUCACAGUGCAGAACUCAGAAACUUACGCUGAAUAAGAGUGGUAUUACAGAGAAGGGCUGUGCUGCUCUAUCAUCAGCUCUUUAUUCAAAACCUUCACACCUGAUAGAGCUGGAUCUGAGUGAGAAUAAACUAGGAAACUCUGGUGUGAAUCAGAUCUGUUCUGUAUUAAACAAUCAGUGCUGUAAACUACAGAAGCUGAAUCUUUCAUUCUGCAAUAUAACAGAGGAAGGAUAUGCUGCUCUGGCUUCAGCUCUGAAAUCAAACCCCUCAUCACACCUGAUAGAGUUGGAUCUCAGAGGGAAUGAUCCUGGAGAAACAGGAGUGAAGAAGCUCACAGAAAUAUUUGUGGAUUCAAGGAACACACUCAGACUGUUAAAGAGCAGUGAUGCAGUGAAAGCCUAUACAUUCCUUAAUAAGAUUCUGGGUAAAAACCCCUUAUUGCAGAGAGAGUUAGAUCUGAGCAAGACUGAACUAAAGGACAUCAAAGUGCAGCAGCUGUGUGCUCUACUCGAGGAUCCACACUACAGACUGGAGAAACUUAUGCUGAAUAACUGCAGUAUUACAGAUGAAGGCUGUGCUGCUCUGGCUUCAGCUUUCAGAACAAAUCCAUCACACCUGAGAGAGCUGGAUCUGAGUGGGAAUAAAGUAGGAAACUCUGGAGUGAAGCAGAUCUCUGAAUUAUUAAAGCAUUCAAAGAGCACUCUGGAAAAACUACAUCUUUCAUUCUGCAGUAUAACAGAGGAAGGAUAUGCUGGUCUGGCUUCUGCUCUGAAAUCAAACCCCUCAUCACACCUGAUAGAGCUGGAUCUCAGAGGGAACGAUCCUGGAGAUACAGGAGUGAAGCUGCUCACUGUUUUACAAAAGGGUCCAAAAUAUAAACUGAAGACACUGAGGCUUUUUAAAAGUUCUGCUGCAGAGGAAGCCUGUGGUUCUCUGUCUAACAUUCUAGGAGUAAACCCCUUACUGAAGAGAGAGCUGGAUCUGAGUGGGAAAAUACAAGGAGAUUCAGAAAUGAAGAAGAUCUGUGAUCUAUUACAGGAUUCACACUGCAGAACUCAGAUACUGAAGCUGAAUAAGUGCAGUAUUACAGAGGAAGGCUGUGCUGCUCUAUCAUCAGCUGUUUGUUCAAAUGCUUCACACCUGAUAGAGCUGGAUCUGAGAGGGAAUGAACUAGGAAACUGUGGAGUGAAGAAGAUCUGCGACAUGUUGAAGAAUGCUACAUCUCAGCUAAGGAAACUAAAUAUUUCAUACUGCAGUGUAACAGAGGAAGGAUACACUGCUCUGGCUUCAGCUCUGAAAUCAAACCCCCCAUCACACCUGGUAGAGCUGGAUCUCAGAGGGAACGAUCCUGGAGAUACAGGAGUACAGCUGCUCACAGAUUUAUUCAUGGAUUCAUCGAAAACACUACGACUGCUGAACAGUGAUGACGCAGAGGAAGCCUGGAAAUGUCUUAAUGACAUUCUGCGUAAAAACCCCUUACUGCAGAGAGAGUUAGAUCUGAGCACGAAAGAACCAAAAGACAUCAAAGUGCAGCAGCUGUGUGCUCUACUGGAGGAUCCACACUACAGACUGGAGAAACUUACGCUGUAUAAAUCAGGCAGUGUUAAAGGUGAAGGCUGUGCUGAUCUGAUUUCUGCUCUGACUGUAAACCCCUCACACCUGAGAGAGCUGGAUCUGAACAAGAAUAAACUAGAGGAGUCAGGAGUGAAAGAGCUCUGCAAUCUAUUGAAGAAUCCUCACUGUAAACUGGAGAAACUGAAGUUAAAGAACUGUGGUAUAAAAGAGGAAGGCUGUGCUGCUCUGGCUGAAGCUCUAAAAUCAAACCCUUCACACCUGAAAGAGCUGGAUCUGCAUGACAACAAAAUAGGAAAUUCAGUGAAUGACCUUGAAGUAUUGAAGGAUUCAGGAUGUAAGAUACUAAUUGAACACUCAUCAGUGAACAUUUUUUUAAAGGAGUAUUUUCUUGGUUCGGGCGUACUGAUAAAAAGUCAGAAACAACAGGUGAAACAGAGACUGAAAAGACAGAUAAGGAAACAGGUGGAGAAGGUAAAGGUGGCAAGCACAUGACAGAGAGUGAAGAGAAUGGUGCAAACCAGCCACCAGCGCAGAGUGAAGAGAAUGGCGGAAACCAUCCACCAGCGCAGAGUGAAGAGAAUGGCGGAAACCAUCCACCAGCGCAGACUGAAAAGAAUGACGCAAACGCUCCA